AUGGCCGCUCCAUCCGUCGCUACCGCCUCUCGUCAACCGACCGACGCCGAGGACAACAGGAUGUCCCACGAGUCGUCCAUCUCGAGUGUUUCCACCACGAGCCUCGUUUUCGAACGCCUGCACGAGCAGACUGAGAAGGCUGCGUACUCCUCUUCGUCCGCCUCCCAAAGACGCCGCACUCCGUCUACCUCCCGCCCUGCCUAUGCCGACAAUCCCGACGACUUCGACGACGAGAAUGACGUUAAGGAAUCCGAUACGAAUGACCCCGAGACGGGGCCGUUAAUGGCAUCUACCGGCGUAGGCCGCCGCGUCGGCAUGGACCGCGGGCUCAAGAGGGGGCUAUUGCUGUUGGCCGCCGCCUUCAUCUUCGCAUGGGGAACUGCCCUGUUCGUUUUUCUGUCCAACAAGUCUUAUAAGCACGGGAGCCAGGUCGACCACGACCCGUCGGCCACACAGCGCGGGUCCGGAAAGCCGGUGACGCUGGACCAGGUUAUGUCCGGUUUCUGGUCGCCGUACUCGCACUCGAUUAGCUGGAUUGAGGGACCGAACGGCGAGGACGGAUUGUUGCUUGAGCAGGGCGCCCGGGGCAAGGACUAUCUCGUCGUGGAGGACGUCAGGUCGGGCAACAAGGAGGCUCGUCAAGUGGCUGUUGAUGUUGUCCAGAGUCGCACGCUUAUGAAGAACCCCUGGAUCGACUACAAUGGCAAGCAAUUGACGCCAUUCGAGACCUGGCCAAGCAAGGACAUGAAAAAGGUGCUGGUCGCGACCGGCCGCCAGCACAAUUGGCGCCACUCCUUCACUGCACUGUACUGGAUCUUUGAUGUCGAGACUCAGACUGUUGAGCCGCUCGAUCCUGAAAACGACUCCGGCCGGGUACAGCUUGCGACUUGGAGCCCGCAGAGCAAUGCCAUUGUCUUCACAAGAGACAACAAUCUCUACUUGAGGAAUCUGGAUAACAAGAAGGUGACACAGAUCACCAAGGAUGGUGGCCCCGAGUACUUCUAUGGUAUCCCUGACUGGGUGUAUGAAGAGGAAGUCUUUGCCGGCAAUAGCGCGACGUGGUUUUCUCAAGAUGGCAAGUUCAUCGCUUUCUUGCGCACGAACGAAACGGGCGUCCCGGAGUAUCCCCUGCAAUACUUCCUUUCUAGGCCAACCGGCAAGACGAAGCCUCCCGGCGAAGAGACGUACCCCGACGAGAAGCGCAUCAAGUACCCUCGUGCGGGCAGUCACAACCCUGUAGUGGACGUGUUGUUCUAUGACGUAACGCGAGGCGACGUCUUUUCAGUUGACAUUUCCGAUGCAUUCCCCGACGACGAUAGACUCAUCAACAUGGUCCUGUGGGCUAACCAGAAGGUCCUAAUCAAGGAGACCAACCGUGUAAGUGAUAUUAUGCGGGUGGUCCUCGUUGAUGUCGUAGCUCGCACUGGCAAGACAGUAAACACUAUCGAUGUCGGCAAAAUCGAUGGUGGAUGGUUCGAGAUUUCUCACGAGACCCAAUUCAUUCCUGCUGAUCCAGCCAAUGGAAGGCCUGAGGAUGGCUACGUCGAUACGGUUAUCCACGACAACGGCGACCACAUUGCCUACUUUUCCCCGAUGGACAACCCUAAACCCGUUUACCUUACCUCGGGUAACUGGGAAGUCGUGGACGGCCCCUCUGCAGUCGACUUGAAGAACAAUCUGGUGUACUUCGUAUCAACCAAGGAGUCUUCAAUCCAGCGCCACGUCUACAGUGUCCACCUAAACGGCUCCGAUCUCAAGCCCUUCACCGACACCAGUCUAGAGAGCUACUACGGCAUCUCCUUCUCCAGCGGCGCAGGCUUCAGUCUUCUGUCCUACUAUGGCCCCAAGGUCCCCUGGCAAAAGGUCGUUAGCACGCCUGGCAACCCCGUUAAGUAUGAGCACAUUGUUGAGCAGAAUACUGAACUCGCCGAGAACGCCAAGAAAUAUCAACUUCCCAUCCUCAAGUACGGCACCAUCAAGGUCGACGACGUUGAGCUCAACUACGUGGAGCGGCGUCCGCCCCACUUCAGCGAGAAGAAGAAGUACCCCGUUCUUUUUCAACAAUAUUCCGGACCAGGUUCGCAGUCUGUGAGCAAGAAGUUCUCCGUCGACUUUCAGUCCUACAUCGCCUCCGCGUUGGGCUACAUCGUCGUCACCGUUGACGGCCGCGGCACGGGUUUCAUUGGGCGGAAAGCGCGCGUGGUUGUCCGCGAGAAGCUUGGACACUGGGAAGCCCACGAUCAAAUCGCCGCCGCGCAGAACUGGGCUGCCAGGAAGUACGUCGACCCCUCCCGCAUCGCCAUCUGGGGCUGGAGUUACGGCGGCUUCAAUGCGCUCAAGACGCUCGAGAUGGACGGCGGCCAGACCUUUAGCUACGGUAUGGCCGUCGCGCCCGUCACCGAUUGGCGGUUCUACGACUCCAUUUAUACCGAGCGCUACAUGCGCACACCACAGCUGAACCCCGACGGCUACAAGCAGACGGCCAUCACCAACGUCUCGGCAUUGGCGGGCAAUGUGCGCUGGUUGAUGAUGCACGGCGUCUCCGACGACAACGUGCACUACCAGAGUACCCUUACGCUCCUAGACAAGCUCAACCUCGAGGGUAUUGAGAAUUAUGACGUUCAUGUUUUCCCCGAUAGCGACCAUGGUAUUUACUUUCAUAAUGCGAACAAAAUUGUUUACGAUAAACUCAGCAACUGGCUCAUUAACGCCUUCAACGGGGAAUGGCUCAAGAUCACCGACGCCAAGCCCGUGAUGGAGCCUAAAGAAAAGGAACGUAGCCUGACCGCAUAG